UAAAUCGUUGAUCGCGCAGCGUUGUGAUGUGUUGGAACUUCUGCCGACAUUUACUUGUUGCCAUAACAACAGCUUGGGUUGUCGGCGACCGAAGUCCAAAAAAAUGACAGCAGAAAAGAAAAGUACAAAGCAAGCUACGAAAGGCCAAAAACAAAUUGUGGAAGAAAAUGUUGCCACCCUCAACUUCUACAGAAAUAUGUCAGGUGCAGCAGUGGCUAUCUAUUUAUUAUUCUGUGGUGUAUUUUGGUCCACCACCUCAUCAUUUGAUAUUGUCUUGAUAUGUCUCAGUGCAUUUGCACAAUUUUGCUGCUACCGGUUUAUGGCAUACAUGGCAAAAGCUAAAUACAGCGAAACAGGACAGCUGUUGGAUGGUGGAAUUGAUCUAAAUAUGGAGUCUGGAAUAUCUGAGCACAUUAAGGAUGCCAUUAUCUUAACAAGUGCAACUGAAGUCUUGUCUUCCAUUUCCAGUUACUUUUGGCUGAUUCUACUAGUGGUUCCGUUUCGAUUGUUCCAUAUGGCGUGGAAAAAUUUUCUUAGUCCAUGGUUCUUCCAAAAGGCACCUUCUGCAGAGCAAGAUGCACAGGACGAUAAGAAAAAACGCAAACUUGAGCGCCGCAUCAAACGGCAACAACAUUAGGAGAGGCGUGAAAGGUUUCCUGUAUUGGCUAUUGUAUUUAACACCAACCUUUAAAAUAAAUCAGACUUUGACCUCUUG